AUGGCGGACACGGUCGAGGGCCGCCGGCUCGAGAUGUCCGGCUUCGGCGAGUGCGACGUGGACAAGGUCCCGCCCCUCGAGGCGUGGGGCGACGUCGGCAGGAUGGCUGUCCUCGGCGUCGUCAGCGCCUUCUCCAAGUUCGUCACGUCCAUCAUGAACCGCACGACGUGCACAAACUACGAGACGUUUUACCACCACGUCACCCAGCGCCGGCGACCGAACGGGCUCAUCACCGUGAGCAACCACGCGAGCACGUUCGACGAUCCCGGCCUGCUCUCGUGGAUGAUACCGUGGCGCUACUUUCUCAGCGAACCGACGCACAGGGGGAUCCGCUGGACGAUGUGCACGUCGGAGAUUUGCGCGAAGAACGCGCUGGUGCACAAGUUCUUCGCCGCGGGUAAGACGGUGCCCAUCACGCGCGGCGGCGGGAUCAACCAGGCGGUCAUGGGGACGAUGGCGGAGCGCGUCUCUCGGGGAGACUGGCUUCACAUCUUCCCGGAGGGCCGCGUGACCAAGGUUCCCAACGAGCUCGGCCGCCUGAAAUGGGGCCUGGGUAAGAUGCUCUGCGACAUCGACGAAAGGGGCGGGCCGGCACCGACCGUCCUGCCCUUCUGGCACAGCGGCAUGGAGAAGGUGAAGCGAUACGGCGUGAUGUGGUUCUAUCCCUUCAACCACGUGCACGUCACCGUGGGCGAGCCAAUCGACUUCGCGGACCUCACCGCGAGAUGCGGAAAGUGCAAGACGGACAAGGCGAGGGAGGAACUGUUCAGGAGCAUGACCGACAGGGUGGAGGAGCGCAUGCGGGAGAUUCGCGCGAAAAACUUGGAGGAGAGGCACCGUGCGCGCGGAUGA